GUUCGUCAUCUUUGCGAUAUCUUUACUCUUCAUCACUACUAUAUCCUUCGUUUUUAGAAUUAAAAAUGGUUUUGUCAAAGACUGCUUCGGAUUCUGAUGUUUCAAUCCACUCGACUUUCGCUUCUCGAUAUGUUCGAACUUCUCUUCCCAGGUUUAAGAUGUCAGAAGACUCAAUACCAAAGGAAGCUGCAUAUCAGAUCAUUAACGAUGAGCUGAUGUUGGAUGGAAAUCCUAGAUUGAAUCUUGCUUCCUUUGUAACAACUUGGAUGGAACCUGAAUGUAAUAAGCUUAUUAUGGAUUCUGUUAAUAAGAAUUAUGUCGACAUGGAUGAAUAUCCUGUUACAACUGAGCUUCAGAACCGCUGUGUGAAUAUGAUUGCCCAUCUCUUUAAUGCACCACUGGGAGACUCUGAAGCUGCGGUAGGAGUCGGGACAGUUGGAUCUUCAGAGGCGAUAAUGCUAGCUGGACUAGCAUUCAAGAGGAGAUGGCAAAACAAGAUGAAAGCUCAAGGUAAAUCCUGCGACAAUCCCAACAUUGUCACUGGUGCCAACGUUCAGGUCUGCUGGGAGAAGUUUGCAAGGUACUUCGAGGUGGAGCUUAAAGAAGUAAAACUGAGUGAGGGUUAUUAUGUAAUGGAUCCGGAAAAGGCUGUUGAAAUGGUGGAUGAGAAUACCAUCUGUGUAGCUGCUAUCCUUGGUUCAACCUUGAAUGGAGAAUUCGAAGACGUUAAGCUCUUGAAUGAUCUCCUGCUUGAGAAGAACAAGAUCACUGGAUGGGAUACCCCAAUUCACGUUGACGCCGCUAGUGGCGGAUUUAUUGCUCCAUUUAUUUACCCAGAAUUGGAAUGGGAUUUCCGCUUGCCUUUGGUGAAAAGCAUAAACGUUAGUGGUCAUAAAUAUGGCCUUGUAUAUGCUGGGAUUGGGUGGGCGAUCUGGAGGACUAAAGAGGACUUGCCAGAAGAACUCAUUUUUCAUAUCAACUACUUGGGUGCUGAUCAACCCACCUUCACCCUCAACUUCUCCAAAGGUUCCAGUCAAGUUAUCGCUCAGUACUAUCAACUUAUCCGCUUGGGUGUCGAG